CAAAACUUUCUUUUCUCGUUCCCGAGUUUAUGAUAUUAAAAUAUGCAUCAAUGUGCCAUGAUUUAAGAUAUAUCGAUAUAUACGUUACAUAUGUGAGAGCGCGUAUCAGAUUUUCGAGCUGUGUUGUUAAACCAGCCAAAUCCGAUUGGACAGCCUGUUCCCAUUGGCUAGUGACUGCUGUCGUUUGUAAAACAAGUUGGACGAGGACAUUUUUUACAAUCCCGUGUUUAUUGUAUUUAAAAUAAUCGUAUAUUUACUAUGUAUCAAGUUAUAUUGAUAUAUUCGUUAACAUUUGAGAGCGUGUCUCACAUGUGUCGAGUUGUAUUGUGAAAUAAGCUAAUUCCCGCCCAACUCCAAAUGUGAUUGGACGGGCUGCCUCCAAAGGUCCUCUGCCAUUGGCUAAAGUAGACUGUCAAUUACAAAAACGAGUUGGACGAGUACAUUUUUACAUUCCCGUGUAUAUUAUUUUAGAAUGUGCCUAGAUUUGAUGUAUAUUGCGCUGUAUUGAUAUAAGAGCUACAUAUUGGAGUGCUUUUAUUACAGUUGUUGCGUUUAGCGUAGCCUCUGUCACGCUCGGAGUUAGCGUCGCCUCGCGUUGGAAUGUACCAUUGUGCCAACGCAGCGGGAAGGAUUUUGUGUUGUGACAGCGGCGUCGCAACCCGGUGGUGAGAUUCGGUAAGGCCAACAAGAAGAAAAUCCUCCUUCCGCUUUACCUGUUGUGGGGAAUUUUUACAUCGACACUAAUGGAACUGACGCCGGUGGGACUACCUUAGGCGUUUACCCCCCCCCCCCCCCCCCACCCCCCCUAAUGUCCACUACGCGACCAGACAGAUUGUGUGUUUAGUCCCAGUUGUAGGUCAUUGCAUCGGACAUCAACAAUGGCCUUCAGCAAAGGUUAUCGCAUCUACCACAAGCUGGACCCGCCUCCCUACAGCGUCAUCGUGGAGACGCGCGCCAGGGAAGAGUGCCUCAUGUUUGAGUCCGGGGCCGUUGCUGUCCUCUCCGCGGCCGAGAAAGAAGCCAUUAAAAACACAUAUUCCAAGAUCGUGGAUGCCUACGGGAUCUUGGGCGUCCUCCGCCUUAACCUGGGCGACUCGAUGCUCCACAGCCUGGUGGUGGUGACGGGCUGCAGCUCGGUGGGCAAGGUGCAGGAGUCGGAGGUCUUCCGGGUGACGCAGACGGACUUCGUGUCGCUGAAGAACGACCCCGGCGACGAGGAGCGCAUCGCCGAGGUGCGCAAGGUGCUCAAUUCGGGGCACUUCUACUUUGCCUGGUCCGCCACGGGCGUCAGCAUGGACCUGAGCCUCAACGCUCGGCGCCGCAUCCUGGAGGACACCACGGACAACCGCUUCUUCUGGAACCAGUCCCUGCACCUGCACCUGAAGCACUACGGCGUCAACUGCGACGACUGGCUGCUGAGGCUGAUGUGCGGCGGCGUGGAGAUCCGCACCAUCUACGCCGGGCACAAGCAGGCCAAGGCGUGCGUGUUCUCGCGCCUCAGCUCGGAGCGGGCCGGCACGCGCUUCAACGUGCGCGGCACCAACGACGACGGCCAGGUGGCCAACUUUGUGGAGACCGAGCAGGCCAUCUUCCUGGAUGAGAGCGCGUCCUCGUUCAUCCAGAUCCGUGGCUCCAUCCCGCUGUUUUGGGAGCAGCCGGGGAUCCAAAAAAAGACCCUCAAGGGGGUUUUGUUGCACCUGAACGACAAUCGGCAAGCCGAUCGACGCCAUGACAACCCUCACUUGGUCGGCUCUCACCGCGUCAAACUCUCACGAGGAUUUGAAGCCAACGCACCGGCCUUUGAAAGACACUUCACCGCCUUGAAGAGGUUGUAUGGCAAGCAGGUGAUUAUCAAUCUGCUUGGCAGUAAGGAAGGAGAACACAUGCUCAGCAAAGCCUUUCAGAGUCACUUGAAGGCGUCGGAGCACGGAGCAUCCGUCAAGAUGGUCAACUUUGACUACCACCAGAACGUUCGCGGCGGCAAGGCGGACAAGCUGCACAGCGUGCUCAAGCCGCAGCUCGGCAAGUUCGUGGAAGAGUGCGGCUUCUUCUACUACUCGGAAGAGAUGGGCAUCACCAGGAGCCAGGGUGGCACCAUCAGGACAAACUGCCUGGACUGUUUAGACAGAACCAACAGCGUCCAAGCCUUCUUUGCCCUAGAGAUGCUGGCCAAGCAGCUUGAGGAAAUGGGCCUGACGGAGAAGCCUCAGCUGGUUGCCCGCUUCCAGGAGGUCUUCAGGACCAUGUGGUCCGCCAACGGCGACUCGAUCAGCAAGAUCUACGCGGGCACCGGCGCCCUGGACGGCAAGGCUAAGGCGGGAAAGCUGAAAGACGGCGCUCGCUCGGUGACCAGGACCAUCCAGAACAACUUCUUCGACAGCUCCAAGCAGGAGGCCAUCGACAUCCUCCGGCUGGGCUCCACGCUCAACAGCGACCUGGCGGACAAAGCGCGGGCCUUGCUCACCACGUCCAGCCUCUACGUCACUGAGCCCGUCCUGCAGUCAGCCUCCCCCAGGGUGCUGCUGGGCAUGUGUCAGAACCACCGCAGGUACACGCGGCCCAAGCAGAUCCGGGUGUGCGUGGGCACGUGGAACGUCAACGGCGGCAAGCAGUUCCGCAGCAUCGCCUUCCGCAACCAGACGCUCAACGACUGGCUGCUGGACGCCCCCAAGAUCGCCGGCCACCCCGAGUUCCAAGACAGCAAGGCCAACCCUGUUGAUAUCUUUGCCAUCGGCUUCGAGGAAAUGGUUGAGCUGAACGCCGGAAACAUCGUCAGCGCCAGCACCACCAACCAGAAGCUGUGGGCCGCCGAGCUGCAGAAGAACAUCUCGCGGGACCACAAGUACGUUUUGCUGGCGUCGGAGCAGCUGGUGGGCGUGUGCUUGUUCGUCUUCAUCCGCCCGCAGCACGCGCCCUUCAUCAGGGACGUGGCGGUGGACACGGUGAAAACGGGCAUGGGCGGCGCCACGGGCAACAAAGGGGGCGUGGCCAUCCGCCUGCUCUUCCACACCACCAGCAUCUGCUUCGUGUGCUCGCACUUUGCGGCGGGACAGUCGCAGGUGAAGGAGAGGAACGACGACUACAACGAGAUCACACGCAAACUCAGCUUCCCCAUGGGUCGCCUGCUCUACUCUCACGACUAUGUUUUCUGGUGCGGCGACUUCAACUACCGCAUCAGCCUGCCCAACGAGGAGGUGAAGGAGCUGAUCAGGCAGCAGAACUGGGACACGCUGACCGCCGGUGACCAGCUCUUUGACCAAAAGAACGCCGGAAUGGUGUUCCGGGGAUUCAUCGAGGGCAAGCUGGACUUUGCGCCCACGUACAAGUACGACCUUUUCUCCGAGGACUACGACACAAGCGAGAAGUGCCGCACGCCUGCCUGGACCGAUCGCAUCCUCUGGAAGCGCAGGAAGUGGAACUUUGACAAAACAGCUGAGGAGAUGAACGUGGUCGGCGCGGCGUCGACGUCAGCCGAGAACGAGGACGACCCGGAAUACCCGUGGAGCCCCGGGACCCUCAAGUACUACGGCAGGGCCGAGCUUAAGACCUCAGACCACAGGCCGGUGGUGGCCGUGAUGGACGUGGACAUCCUGGAGGUGGACCCGGAGGCCCGGCAUCAGGUCUACAAGGACGUCAUCGCCCUGCAGGGACCGCCGGACGGCACGGUCCUGGUGUCCUUGUGCUCCUCCGGACCGGACGACUACUUUGACGACGCGCUCAUCGACGAGCUGCUGGACAAGUUCGCCAACUUCGGCGAGGUCAUCCUCAUCAGAUUUGUUGAGGAGAAGAUGUGGGUGACUUUCCUGGAGGGUUACUCUGCUAUGGCCGCUUUGUCUCUCAGUGCGUCCACUGUUCUGGGCAAGGUGAUGGACAUCCGCCUGAAGAGUCCUGGCUGGAUCAAGAGCCUGGAGGAGGAGAUGAGCGUAGAGCGCAUCUGCGGGAGCAUCCCCGCCUCAGCCAGCUCCACCCUGCUGGCCGAGGACGCCGACAUGGGUGACGACGACGACUACGACAUGGAGGGGGACGUGGACGAAGAGGUGGAGGCCGUCCUUCCCCAGCACCUGCAGACUUCCUUGGGCUCCGGAACCGGAUCCUCCCCGCUGCCCUCGCCACGGGGCAGCCCCUCCGCUUCCCCCACCCACGGGGAGGCGGCGCCACCCAGCAGGCCCGGACGUGGCGCUCAACCGGCUAGACCGUCGCAAGGCCCUCCUGUAGACUUCCAGCCCGGCGCACCGACAUCCCAAAGCCUGGAGCCCAAGCGCGCGCCGCCUCCUCGGCCCAACGCGCCCCCGGCAAAACCCGCGCCGCCGCAGCGCCCGCCGCCGCCCUCAGGAGGUCUGAGCCCCCUUCCUGUUCGAAGGGACUGUGGAGGACCAAAAAGUCCGGCUCUUCCUCGGCCCGCCGUCGCCGCAGGUCGAGGCCAGGUAGCCGCAGGUCCUCCUGGACCGGGAGGUGCUUCGAGGCCGAAUCCCCCCCCCCGAGCCGGCGUGAUCAGCGUGCCUCCGCAGUCUCGUCCCUCUCCUCCGUCCCACCCCGGCGCUCCCCGGGCCAUCCCUGACGUGCACCCCGGGGCCCCUCGACCCAUCGCCGACACCCACCCCGGGGCCCCUCGACCCGGAUCCGGCGUCCCGGCCAAACCAUCUGAUCUUCCUCUAGGGCCCGCACCAUCAGGAGCCGCCCCUACGGCUCCCCCUGUUGUGAGGCCGUCGGUACCGGCGCCCAUACAAUCCCAGCCCGCCGCUCCAGUCCAGUCCCAACUGCCUCCCCCGUUGCAGCCCACGCCCGCCGCCCCUCCCGCACAAACUCUGGCCUCCCCGAAGCCGCCGCCCCGUUCCCGCUCCCAUCACGCUCUCCCGCCAGAGGCCGGCAAGGCUGCUUCGGCCCCGCAGACAAACGGACUGAACGGCGUCCAGUGGAAGCCCGACCCCUUGGACGCCUUUGACUUCCUGUCCUCGUCAUCGUCCUCCCGACAGAGCACCCAAUCACUGACCCGGGGCAGCUUCCUGAGGACCCCGCCCUCCAUCCCCUCCGCCGCCUCGUCAUCCUCGUCCUUACUGGCCACCGCCCUUCUUCCUCCCCCGCCGCCGGUCAUGCCCCGCAGUCGCUCACAAGAGACCCUGCGCGCCUCCCCCAACCCCUUCGCCGCCGAGACGCCGCCCGCCCGUCCCAGCAGCACCAACCCGUUUACCGGCUGCCCAGAAUGGGCGCCGCUCGUCCCCACCGGUGCCGCCGUCCCCGCUCCGCAGAACAUCUGUCGGAGCGCGUCCCUGUUCGCACCGGCGUCAUCCCUUCCGCCUGUCCUGCCGCCCCGUCGCCAGCCCCCCAAAUGGGUCACCUUCAACAACGACUUCCCACUCCCGGCUAAAACCGCCACGCUGCCCCCCUGCUCAACCGCCCCCACCAAACCGCACUGGUUGACUAAUGCAAAAUUUCCGACACCCCCUGCCCCCGGGUCCUCCCCGCUCCUCGAGCCAGACUGGUUAACCCCUACCCCGGCAUUCCCCACGCACCCGGCUAAAACGUUGCCCCCCAAUACCACCCUGUUCCCAGAACCGGACUGGUUGGCCGCCACCCCGGCAUUAACGGCCCUCCCCCCUCCUCCUCCUCUCCCUUCGCAGACCGCCGCCACUAUCUCAAAACUCCCCGAUGGAUCUGGAGGGAGCUGCUUCUUCUACCCCAGAGAGCCAACUAAACAGUGAUCUAGACAUGUAUAGCUCUAUGAUAGACGUAUAUAUGUAUACAGUAUAUAUGCGUGUUUGUGUGAGAGUAUUUAAGACAGAUUCCACGUCAAGAGCCGGAACAUGUGUGCAAGUACUCCCUCGAUUAAAAAAAAAAACAUAUAUAUAUAUAUAUACAUAUAUACAUAUAUAUAUAUAUAUAUAUAUAUAUAUAUAUAUAUAUAUAUAUAUAUAUAUAUAUAUAUAUAAAAUGAUCUGUGGGCGCAGCUAUAGAUAUCAGAUCUAUAUCUAUAAUAUAGGCGCCUGUGCAAUAUCAACAUUGCUUUCUGCACUUCCCACAACAUUUUUAUUGAAAAAUCUCAAAAAUGUCCCAAAACGUUUAUACAGUGGUGCCUUGAGAUACAGUUGAAAUUGGCAUUAACGAUACGGUAAUUCUAAACAUUUGAACAACUGCUACUUUAAUACAUGGAGCAGCAACGCAUACAAACGGAGUAUACAACAAUACUUAAACGUUCUCUGCUGCUUCUUCUUAUUCUUGAUUACACGCAUGUCUUGGAGUAGAGCUCAGUGCUGCCUGGCAUGUUGUGGCACAACUUGGUACUACACGGAAGGUUGCACAGCUUCACUCACUCGAAAUUCGGGCAGACCCGCACAUAUUUUGCGGUUUGGCACCCACGGAAUCACCUGUUUGAAGAUUUUUCUUCUCCCUCCUCAGGGAGAAAGCUCCUUCCCAGUUUAUUCAAGAAUUUCUUGGGUAAAAAAUUAAUAAUUCAAUGCAAUUAUAAUGGCCCUCAAUUAUUUGCGGCUAUUCGCGGUCAGGCUCGGUCCCUAUUCCCAUGAAUAGCGAGGGUCCACUGUAUACGGGAAAACAGGUAAAAAAAUUAAAUAAAAUAUCAUAAAAAUCAGCGAUAUAGGAGAGGUCCACUGUAUUUUUAAUUAAGCUGUGGACGCAGUUCUACGUCUCCCAUAUCCAUGAGCGCCUGUGCAAUAUCAACCUAGGGUCAGGGGUCACGCUGCGCUCGCUUUGCUCAUGAAUGUACGCUGUGUCGCAAUGAGUCCCGCCAAUGUUGCUGUGUACAUAUACAUAGUUGAUUAUGUAGAAACCUUAUUUAUGCGUGCAUUUGUAUAUGUGCGUGUGUUUGCGCAAUGAUACUUAUAUGCACUGAGGUUGCACAUCCGACACACAUUCCGGAUUUCUUUGUUCACACUCCCCAGCCACCCCGUCAAAAGCAACAACUAGGUAGGUGGGUGUGUGUGUGUGUUAAUGAUGAUGUAGUGAUCGUGGGACGUGACAAGCGCCGCACAAAAAGGGCACAUUCUUCAUUUUGGUCUUAAAAAUCCAGCCGACAUUUGAAUACGUAGUGAAAACUGCAGCGUGAUGUGCAAGUUGUGUUCAGGGUGCUUCUUUUUUUUUUUUUUUUUUGCGUCCGUGGCAAUUCAGUGUUGUGCGAGUAUUUGGACCCGCAAACAGGAACUGACUUUUCCUACCCUUCUCAUUCACUUUCAGGCCUCAGUUAGAAAUCAUGUGGCUGGUUCGGUUCACUGCAAAUAUGACCAAUAUUUAGUUCAAAGAUGAAUGAAUUAAAUUGUUGUUUACUUCCAAAUCUCCAUUCACUGCUCUCAAAGGCAUCAAUUGUGUGAAGUAGAUAAAUACAUAUAAAUAUAUCCUAUAUCCACAAGCCAGCAGCUUUUUCUUUGUCGCAUUUGAGAUUUUCCAGGCCACAAAGUGGCUCACUUUGUGAGGUCCGUGUGGCCCUCCUCUUUAAUUAAUGGCCGUAAUCUGUCAUAACAAUCCGUAUAUAUUUAUCCGUAGUAAAUGAGUCUGUGCCAGUAAACAAUCUGUAUAUGUAUUAGAGAGGAAAAAAAGCAACGUGGCGAUUCAUGUUUGUCUGUGAAUAUUCCAUAUUAAACGUGCACAAUCGAUUGCAAAUUUAUGUAUAAAGGCAGUUUAUGUUGUAUGUAUGCAAAAAAAUAAAAAUGGA